GGGGUGGGGGUGUUGAUGCGGUGGGAUUCAUCCACGAUUGUUCCCGCCUUUGCUGGUACGCUCGGCUGCUUGGUGUUGAAUGGGAGCGAUUUCCAUCAGGAAGGAAGGAGAAUAUUCCUGCAGGAAUAUUCGCUCGGCCAAACUUGCUUCCCCCACCAAGUUCUUAGCUUUGAUUCAGUCAGCUUCCCAGUUUGUGAUUGGAAGGGUCGGUUCCAAAUUAUAGGGAUCCCUUAGCAAUUUUCCUUGAGGACGAGGACAUUCUUCUGACCCUUUAGUCGCUAAUGGGCUCCGGCUCCGGCUUUUCAGCGCCUUUCGAAGACUUUCGUCUUCCAACAAGCCUUUUAAGUGACACCUUGUGGGAUAUUGCUAAAGCGGAAGUUGAGAAAAGAGAAAAUAAUGAAGGCGACAGAGAUGGACUGGAAUGCUGGGAAAGAUCAUUAUUCUUUAUAGGAAAUAAAAAUGGGGGAAAGACUACUAUUAUAUUGAGAUGCCUUGACAGGGAUGAAAUUCCAAAACCAACGUUAGCUUUGGAGUAUACAUUUGGAAGAAGAGCAAAAGGGCAUAACACACCCAAAGACAUUGCUAAUUUUUGGGAACUAGGUGGUGGAACUUCACUUUUGGACUUGAUUCCCAUACCAAUAACUACAGCUAACAUAAGGACAUUUGCUAUAGUUCUUGUCUUGGAUCUUUCAAAGCCAAAUGAACUGUGGCCAACCACGGAGAAUCUUCUGCAAGUCACAAGGAAGCAUGUAGACAGAGUUAUAACAAAACUGGGACAAACGAAUCCUAAAGCAGCUACUGAAAUUAAACAGAAAAUAUGGAACAAUUUGCCAAAAGAUCAUCCAGACCGUGAGCUGAUUGAUCCAUUUCCAAUUCCACUGGUUAUAAUAGGAAGUAAAUAUGAUAUGUUUCAUGAAUUUGAUUCUGAGAUGAAAAAAAUAAUAUGCAAGACACUUCGAUUUGUUUCUCAUUAUUAUGGAGCAUCUUUAGUGUUCACCAGCAAAUCUGAAGCUGUACUACUGAAAACACGUGCUCUCAUUAACCAUUUAGCAUUUGGCUUUGAUAGGAGCAAAUCCAUGUCAGUGGAUCAGAAUAAACCACUCUUUAUCCCAGCAGGAAUGGACUCUCUUAGUCAAAUAGGCCCUCCUCCUGCUGCUGAUAGUGAUAUUGGAAAGUUGCAUGCACAGACACCCAUGGAUCUAUGGAAAAAGGUAUUUGAGAAGGCAUUUCCACCAAAGAAUAUCGGUGUUUUCAAAGAAGUCAAGGAUCCAGCUCAGGAUCCACAAUAUGCUGAAUAUGAAGUUGAUGCCAUGCGAGGUCAGAAGAACCAGGAACUAGAGCAGUACAAAAGAAAUGCCUCUAAAACCUGGAAAGAAAUGGACUUUGAUUCUUGACUGAGAAAUACCUCUCGACUAGAACUCAGUUUUGAAGCUGUAUUUCAUACAUUUAAUUGAGUCAUACAUAUUUUGUACACUUGUAAAAUGUAUAAACUAAACAUCAUAAAUGGUUAAUCAUAAUUGCUGGUUAUUGUUGUUAAUGAUCAAUAUAGUAGAUUAUGCCUGAAUCACUUCUCUUAGUCAAGCUCAAUAAGAGAAGACUCAGAUCCUGCAAAAACAUUUGAGGAAGAAAAGCAAAGGCAUAUUGUGUCAGUUAACAUCAGAUAACUGGUCUCUGGAAAAGUUCAAAGGCUAUUCUGAACACUAAUCUUAACAGCAGGUCAAUGCCCUGAUCCUCAAUUUCACCUUUGCUAUAAUGCACAGGCUACCCUGUUAAAUUCAGUGGAGGUAACAUGAAAAGACCCAUCUGCUGGCUACAUUGCAAGGAGUGAUAGAACUCUAUGUAUACGUUGGAACUCCUGUGCAAACUUGUGGUAUUUUUCCAGCUGGGACAUAAAUACCUACAUUUUUCCAGCAUAAUAUAAGCACAUACAAUAAAAGACACAUUUCUACUUAAACUAUUGGAAAGUAUGGCCUAUUGGACUAUAGCUUUUAAUUAUGACCAAUUUUUUAUGGAUGUUUUUGUUUAAACUGGUCAUAGAUUUUUCCUGAUCUUAACAGUAGAGUGCUAAGGAAAUUAAUCUUGGUAUGUCUUUUAUGUUAUUAUUUUGAACCCUUAAAUAUGACUACAAAUUAAUACAGUUUGUCAUUUUU